AUGCUUCACCUGAAGACACUUCCAUUUCUGUUCUUCCUCCACACACAGCUUGCCGCAGCCCUCCCAUUGCCUCCAGAACACCUGGAAGAGAAAAAUAUGAAAACUGCUGAGAAUUACCUACGAAAAUUCUACCACUUACCAAGCAAUCAGUUCCGGUCUGCAAGGAAUGCCACUAUGAUUGCCGAGAAGCUUAAGGAGAUGCAGCGCUUCUUCGGCUUGCCCGAGACAGGGAAGCCAGAUGCAGCUACAAUAGAGAUAAUGGAAAAGCCUCGCUGUGGAGUGCCUGACUCUGGUGAUUUCUUGCUGACUCCGGGAAGCCCCAAGUGGACACACACUAACCUGACCUACAGGAUUAUAAACCACACCCCACAGAUGUCAAAGGCUGAAGUGAAAACAGAAAUCGAGAAAGCUUUUAAAAUCUGGAGUGUGCCAUCAACCCUGACCUUCACUGAGACCUUAGAGGGAGAAGCAGACAUCAACAUUGCUUUCGUCUCAAGAGACCAUGGUGACAAUUCUCCAUUUGAUGGACCCAAUGGAAUCCUUGCCCAUGCCUUUCAACCAGGCCGGGGUAUUGGAGGAGAUGCACAUUUUGAUUCAGAAGAAACAUGGACUCACGAUUCCAACAAUUACAACCUGUUUCUCGUGGCUGCUCAUGAAUUUGGACAUUCCUUGGGACUCUCUCACUCCACUGAUCCUGGUGCCUUGAUGUACCCAAACUAUGCUUACAGGGAACCCAGCACCUAUUCACUACCUCAAGAUGAUAUCAAUGGAAUUCAGACAAUCUAUGGACCUUCAGACAACCCUGUCCAACCUACUGGACCCAGCACGCCCACAGCCUGUGACCCCCACCUGAGAUUUGAUGCUGCCACCACACUCCGUGGGGAGAUUUACUUCUUUAAAGACAAGUACUUCUGGAGACGGCAUCCUCAGCUGAGAACAGUUGACCUCAACUUCAUAUCUCUGUUCUGGCCCUUCCUACCUAAUGAUCUUCAGGCUGCUUAUGAAGACUUUGAUAGAGACCUAGUUUUCUUAUUUAAAGGCAGACAGUACUGGGCUCUAAGUGCCUAUGACCUGCAGCAAGGUUACCCCAGAGAUAUAUCCAACUAUGGAUUCCCAAGGACUGUCCAAGCCAUUGAUGCAGCUGUUUCCUAUAACGGGAAGACAUACUUCUUCGUAAACAACCAAUGCUGGAGAUACGACAAUCAAAGAAGAUCCAUGGAUCCAGGUUACCCCACUAGCAUAGCAAGUGUGUUCCCAGGAAUAAACUGUAGAAUUGAUGCAGUUUUCCUGCAGGAUUCCUUCUUCCUCUUCUUCAGUGGACCACAAUAUUUUGCAUUUAAUCUUGUCAGUCGCAGAGUCACUAGAGUUGCAAGAAGCAAUUUAUGGCUUAACUGCCCAUAG